UCUGUUUCUUUUUUGUUUUAAUUUUGUUUACUUUAAAGUAGUACAUGACGACUGUUGCCGCAACAUCAGUCUUAGGUGCUCAAAAUUAGUGGAAAAACAGUGAAAAUUUAGUGGUUUUAGUUUUAUUUAACAUUUUGAGGUCGAAAACUCGGAUUUUUCAUUACCACUCCAUCAGAUACAACAAUCAAAAAAUCAGAACUACUUCAUUUCAUGCAAGCUCGACAAAAUCAAAGAUUAACGAAAACAGCUGCUAGAAUGGAGGACCUGAACAAGAAAAUUGAAUCAACAAAAAUUUGCGAACAAGAUGCAAUUGACAACGACUACGAAAUUGACGAAGAAAAGCUGGUAACUGAAAUUACCAAUCUUGAAAACCAAUUGCGACUUGCUGAUGAGAAAUCAAUAAAAAUUCAACGAGAAACUCAACUAUUCGAUGCUUUUGAAGCAAAAACGGAAAAAGAUUUUGAGGUAGCCCUUUCGGACUUGGAAGCAAGGGGAAACAAGAUCAAAUGCAAGAUGCCACUAAUUGUGCAAGAUUUUGAAAACCUAAAGGCCUCGCUAAUGGACAAAAAAAUGUCGUUGGAAAAAUUGGAACAAGAAGAUAAACAGUUGGACGAUGAUUGCGCAGGCACUCUGGAAAAAGAUACUUUCUCUAAGCUAGAAUCGGAAAACAAAAAGGCUGCUACUACUUAUGCUGAAAAAAUAGAAUUGCGCAACGCCGAUUCAAAUGAGCUAGCAAGGAUCAGUAAGUUAGUACAAGAAGACGUUGAAAGAAUCAAAGACAAUAGAUCCGAAAUCGAAAAAUUGACGCUAGAAUUAAAUGACAUAAAAGAUCAAAAAAAUCCUCUAAACAUAAGCAGUUCAGAGAUUUUCGAACAAUAUGAUGAAUUAGGAGCAACAGAUGCUAUUUCAAAAUCCAGCAAAGAAAUAGACGAUCAAACUGAAGCAGGAAAACAAAACAUUUUUUCAAUGGAAAAUACGAUGUCCCAGAAAAUCCAAGGACACCAAAAAAAACUGACCUCGGUGCUGGAGGAAGAGGAGUCCUCAGAUCUGGAUAACAAAAAUAUACAAAUGGAAACUCAGUUGGAAGAAUUGCGUCAGAAGAAGGAGGCCAACAAUAAAAAGCUGGCAACUAUCAAUAAGGCCAAGGAAGAAACUGAUACGAGAAUAAAACACCUCAAAGCAAAGAUGGGACGGAAAGAGAGAAUUGAACCAAUUCCUGUACAGCAAAGUGCUCUAGAAGAACCACCUAAGCCAAAAAUACGCUGUGCACCAGACACUGCAAAGUCACAAAUUCCCAGGAAAAAAUUGCGCCGAGCUGAUAUAAAUUGGUACAGCGAUGAUUCCGUCACAGAUGAGGAUCCAGACGACUUGUUGAGCCGAUUAUUGAAGGGAAAUUGGGCCAACUCCGAAAAAAAAAUAACAAACAGCCACUGAGAUUUAGACUACCAAACUUAGGUUCUUACACAUUUAUAAUAAUUCAUGUUAAUAAGUUUUCCAUUUCCAAUGAUAAACUAUUGCUUUAGAAGUUACUUACUUACGAAACAUGAAAAGGUUUAAUUUAUUUUAUAUAGGUACUUGUCGCCAUUUAUUUAUUUAACUUUCUCCAAUUUGGAUAAACUGAUUUACGAACAUCAAAGUAUUUUGAUAAAAUAAUCAUAAUGCAAAUAAAUACAUAUGGCGUAACAUUUCAAUUAUUGUUUGUAAUUAGAAGUUUCUCCUGAAAUUAUUGUUAUUCUAUAAUUAAUUAUUAACUUCAUAGAUGUAAUGAUUCCACUUCUAAAUAAAAGGUUGAUGUGC